GUGUGUACACUAUCUAGUGCAUCAUGUUCUGGAAGUGGUUUGGGACGCAGCUUGUGGUUUGUCGUCACCUUUGUGCAGGAGAAAACGUGUGUUUGAGCUGUGAAGUGGAAACGGAAUUGGUUUGAAAUGUCUCGAAGUGAUUAAGUUUACUGUCAGAUGGUUUUGUUGUUGUAAAAUCACGGAGUAAAUAAACCCAAGGCCGCGGCGAUGCUGCACUCGGAGUCGGAGCCGAGGUUGUACCGGGUGUCACGCCUGCUGUGUGGAGUGUGUACACAUUUACUCUGCGCCGCUUUCACCGUGUUUGUGGCGAUAAUCGCCAACCCAGGCUCCAGUUUGUUUUCUUGGCACCCAUUUCUGAUGACCUUGGCGUUCUCGUUCUUCAUGACCGAGGCGAUUCUGCUCUUCUCUCUGCACUCGUCGCCUGCGGGUAAACUAAAGCACCAGGUGAAAUCGCGGCUGCACUGGAUCCUGCAGUGCUCGUGUGUGUCCUGCGCGCUGCUCGGACUCGGGGCCAUCUUCUACAACAAGCACCUGAACGGUAAGCCGCAUUUCUCCACGUGGCACGGGCUGGUGGGCGUGGUCACCGUGUGCGUGGUGGCGGUGCAGUCGGUGGCAGCGCUGCCGCUCAUCUACCACAAACUGGCUAAAGGCUGGUCUCUGGCCAAGCUGAAGCGCUACCACGCCGCCGCAGGACUCGUCACAUACCUGCUGGGCAGUGCCAGUCUGAUCCUGGGCGCCUGCUCCGCCUGGUUCACGUCCAGCGUCGGGGGGAACGCCUGGUACGUCACCGUGCUGUGCCCUGCCGUCGCCGCCUUCACCGUCAUGAGCCAAGUGACCAACGCCUAUAUGGCCAAAAAACGCCUGCAAUCCUGAAGGAGCGCACGUGCGAUAUGGCAUUCCCACGCCGUUUUGUGACGGUUGUUCGUACGUUAAACAUGUCUGAUGGCUCAUGGACCAUGUUUGGGAUGAAGGUGGACACUAGAGGUGUGCAUCAGGACUGCAUCUCCACGACAACCAACAGCAGGCGCUCGUGGUUCUAACGGUCCGGGGUCUGGUUUGGUCAGACACGAAAAGCCGAGACGAAGAAACGCCGCGUUUCCCGAACACGGUCCUCGCACGGUGGAGUCUCGGUGGCUUAAAAGACUAAAUCCUUUAAUUUUCAUACUGCUCUCCGAUUUGUAAUCAUCACUAAACUGUUUAUACUUACAGAAACAUGACCCAUAACGCAUGACUGUCGAUUCCCCCCGCCCGUGAAUGUACCGAAGGAGAAAAGAAGGGAAAAUAAAUAGUUUCAAGUACAACAAGAAAUGCUGAAUUUUAUUUUCUGUUAAAACAACAUUAAAUAAAUACAAUGUCAUUUUAAUCUCCUCGAAUGUGUGCUAAAUACAAGAGCUGAUGAGUGUCCAUCUGUACUCUGUGUGAGUGUGUGUGAGUGUGAGCUCUCGUCUGGGUCUGUCACAGAUACUGGUCUUAAACACACCAGAAAAUACACACACAAAAAAUAAUCACAAUCCUAACAUCAUAUCCGGCAGAAACAUACAGGGGUCGCAUGGUUUUAAAGGUCAUUUUGUUUGUUAAGAAGAAGAAGAAAAAAAGUCAGACAAAAAAAAAAGUACAAAAAUAUAAAGUAGCAAAAUCAUAAAUUAAUAAUUCUGAUAAAAUCAUACAACAGUGGAAAAGAAAAGCAAAUCAAGUUACGCCUAGUUUGAUUAGAGAUGGUUGUUUUACAAAAGGAAGAAAGAAAAACCGUGCAAAAACAGGGAUGAGAAGGUGAGAAGGGUCAUGGUCGGAUGGUGGGCGGAGCCUGAGAGGUGCUCCUCUGAGAACAGACAGCGAGUGACUGGUUGACAUGAUUUGUUGGGAAUUUCGGAAUAAUUUUCACGCUUUGGUCACUUGUGAAGAAAAAAAACACACACACACACACACACACACACCCAAAGCAGCGUACGAGGUAACAGUCGACACAAACGUCUGCGCGGAGUCACGUGGAGGGGAAAAAACAAACAACCAAAAACGGACUGCUACAGGAGUUACGCUAAACGCUGAAGACCAGCUAUGGCUCCCUCCACCACGAGG